AUGGGACCAUGUCACUUGUUUUGUGCCGCUUGGCAUGAGAUGAGUGGAUCUCCCACUUCUCAGGUCUUCCCUCAUGUCCUAAAGAGCCCCAGACGCAUCUGUCGACGCGUCCUUUCGUCCCUGGUGCACAAACUCGCUGGUGCGCAGUAUCCGUUGAUGAAAAACACUGCCAUGCCACUUGGAAUGCCGCACUCAUAUGGGAUGAUGUGGGCCAUGAGCCAUGCUCGGUUGAUUGGAAGGGAUGGAGCCGCAUCAACGAUGGGCAAAUGGGCUUACCCAGCGGAUCCACUGCUUCUAAGAUCUCCCCCUGUGCUCCAAAAAGCCCUAGACAUGACCAGCAAUGCAUCAUUCCACUCUCUAGUGCACAAACUUGCCAGACCGAUGGCUGGUGACAUUGAGCACGCAUCGGAGAUGUUGAGUGCGAGAGGCAGCAGGAGAGUGUCAGGAGCGGCUGCCAGAAAGGUUGUGCGGGGAACUCCGAAAUCAUUGAUUAACCCUAACGUUGGGUCCCAACCCAAGGCCUUUUUGGGCUGCAUGACAGAUCCUCAUACAGCAGCAGUACUUGGUAGAGGAGAGGCUAUGGAACACGUAGUACAGAACUGUGCUGUGAACAACUACCAGUUCAACUCCCUAGUUGUGAUUAAACAAGUCCUCUGCUUGAGUAUCAUGAUGCAUAGCAACACCAGGAGAACCCUCCUCACAUUGUACACCUAUGACAACCUUGGCAAUCCGAAUCAUACACCGAGUGCACGAGACCCACAGAACCAGGUCACUCUGGUAUCUGGAGACCUCCUUACCAUCCAACAUCUACGCAGCUUGCAAAUGACCCGGGAAGAGGAAUCAAUGCCCUGCAGCCGUGUACAGUUCAUGGUGCCCAUUAUAGGCCUCUUCCACCUCAAAAUGGUGUGCACUGGUGCAAUGUGGUGA